AUGCUGGCGACCUUGGCCGGCGGUGGCUACGCCUUCCAGUGCUGCUUCCGUGCUUCCCCUCCCACCAUGGCAUCGUGCUCCGCCGCCGGGCUGGAGGAGGAGGAGGACUGCGUGCUGCAGCGGGGCAGAUCUCAGAGUGACCCGAGCAGCAUCACCGAGGUUCGCCUGGGUGAAGCGCACAGAGCAGAUGGGAUGGACCAGCAGAGGGCACUGCAUUCGGGUUGCCUGGUCUCAGGGGUUCGCACGCCUCCCGUACGCCGCAACAGCAAGCUGGCCAGCCUGGGACGCAUCUUCAAGCCCUGGAAAUGGAGGAAAAAGAAAAAUGAGAAGCUGAAGUCUCCAGCAACGGUGGAAAAGAAGGCAGCUGUACGGCAGAAGAGAGAUGACCUCGUCAGGAGGAAGCCAGAGGAGACAGAGACAGAGUCAGAUCUGGCCUGUGGGGGUGACGGUGAAGAUCCAGACACCCCGACUCAGUCUGACGCUGAGGACAGAGAUGAGGAGCCUGUGGCGCCUCUGGCCAGCACCAACGAAGACCUGGGCAGCGACUUAGAAGCUUCGACAGUGCAAGACCUGACUGAAGACUCAAAUACUGUGGGAGACCCCAGUCAAAGUGAUGAUGGAGGAGACGAAAGCAUCUCGCUAAGCGACCCCAGUGAGGUGCUGUUAACGGGGAAGGCAAAGGCUGUUGAAGGGAAACAGGAAGUGACUGUGGCCCAACCCCAGAGACGAGCCAGCACACCUCCUCCACCUAACAUGCCGGUCAAACUGCUCCCCAGACUGGGCAGCCUGGACGGUGCUCCUCCGGUGUCAGUAAAGAAGUCCCCAGCCACCUUACCCAGAAAUUUCACACUUCCCAAAGAUCCUCAUGGCUCCUUGUUAAGAGGCAGGCUCUCCACACCCACUGGUUCCCCCCACCUGGGGGCGCUACACCCCCAGCUUCCCCCCAGCUGUAUCAUUGAGGAACUGCACCGUGCUCUGGCCACCAAACACAGACAGGAAAGUUUCCAGACGCGCUCAUCCCCAAAACGGCGGCUGGAUGGCCGAGUGUCCCGCACGUCCAGCACAGAGAGGGAGCCCGCCGGGGAGUCUCAGAGCAAGAAGGAGUCUGACGAGAACAAAGAGAACUGGCGUCUGGACGAGUACUUGAGCGACCAGGACAGCUGGAACGAGUCUGUGAUCUCCGGCACCCUCCCACGCAGGAUGAGGAAGGAGCUGCUGGCUGUGAAGCUCCGCAACCGGCCCAGCAAGCAGGAGCUGGAGGACCGCAACAUCUUCCCAGUCCGCAGCGACCAGGAGCGGCAGGAAAUCCGCCAGCAGAUAGAGAUGAAGCUGGCCAAGAGACUGAGCCAGAGGCCGGCGGUGGAGGAGCUGGAGAGCCGCAACAUCCUGAAGCAGAGAAAUGAUCAGACAGAGCAGGAGGAGAGGAGGGAAAUCAAACAGCGGCUCAACAGAAAGCUAAACCAGCGGCCGACGGUGGACGAGCUGCGGGACAGAAAGAUCCUGAUCCGUUUCAGUGACUAUGUGGAAGUGGCCAAAGCUCAGGACUAUGACAGGCGAGCUGACAAGCCUUGGACCAGACUGUCAGCCUCUGACAAGGCGGCGAUACGGAAGGAGCUGAACGAGUUCAAGAGUAAUGAGAUGGAAGUUCACUCAUCGAGCAAGCAUUUGACGAGGUUCCACCGGCCUUAGCAAGGUUUCUUCUGUGAAGAGUUGCUGAAACCUGGUUCUGUCAGUGAAGACCUUUGCGAGGAGUCUUCCAGCGCCCUGACCCACAGUCAGUGGGCAUCCUGAUAUUGGGGUCCAGCCCACCUUGGAGGCUAUGUCUCUAGAAACGGAGCUGCCAGUGGACAGGGGGGGGACGCAUGCAAGCGAGCUCCACUUUCUGCUCAGAGGAACAUCUCCUUCACCCUCACUUUCAGCCUGUCAGAGGAGCGGGAAGAGGCGAGGUCAUGAAUUUGCCAUAGACAAGCAGAGACUUCUUUUUUUUGUAAACAAACUUUUUUUUGAACAAUGUCGUUUUUUGAUGCCACACGUGGGGAAAACGUGCAUGUGACCGAGUCGACCAGUCCCACUCCAGUAUCAGUAGUCACAUCCCCAAGCUGUGUCGGAGUUUCACUGAUCCAGUUGAUGGUUGCGUUUCAUAUCGACAGUGUUAAUGUUCUCAAACAGAAUCCUUGUCUGUGUACAAGACAGAAAUCCCUUUGUAAGCACUAUUUAUUGUCUGCACAAUACAGGUUUUCAAUUUGUAACAAACUGUUUGUUCUCUUGUGUAGUUUGGUGUCUUUUUCAUAUUUUAAUAUAAAAUCAUCAACCAACUAAUUCCAAAAACGUCUGUCAGUAUGGUACCGUUCAUCUUAUUGUUAUGUGUAUUCCUCAUGGCCCAAGAAAGUGCAGUGUUAAAUUUUGGUGCGAUAAGUUUUUUAAAAUUUUUAUUAAACAGGCGCCCAGCACUCUAUAGCAGUCAGUGUGGGCGGGGCAGUGCACCUUCA